AUGAGCUUAUACCUUUCGCAAAGUAAGAUCUUCGACGUGGCUGCUUACCUGGAUAUAGAUGGCGCCGAGUUCCGCGACGUCCUCCUUGGGAGUCUUCAGGAUCAUCAUCUCCACGCAUCCAUACCACCUGGUCAGAGAAACCCUCGCAGACUACACCAAGAGACCUGCAUGUCUUGCACGCAGGACGGUUUUGGUCGCAUUUUACAUGUCGCCGCCUGCAAGUGCUGCAGCCUCCAAGUACAUGGGAUCGACGGGCGCGCGACCGCAGCGAAGUCACCAUCGUAUUGA